AUGGGUCCAUUAAAAGCGAAAUCAGGUCGCUCGAAUGCGUGGUGUUGGCAAUGGAGUGAAUUUAUUCUACUUGAGGAAGCCACACAGAUUCUGUUCGGACAUUUCGAGAAUACGAACCAUUCGGAUUUUGUGUUUUAUUCAGAUCGUCUUAUACGAUUAGUCGUUGAAGAAGGUCUUAAUCGUUUGCCCUAUUCAAAAAUUACUGUGAAAACUCCGUCUGACUCUUUUUACGAGGGAAUUGCAUUUUCCCGAGGAAAUUGUGGAGUAUCAUUAUGUCGCAGUGGUGAAGCUAUGGAACAAGCGUUAAGACAAUGUUGCAGAUCUAUAAGGAUAGGGAAAAUUUUAGUGGGUGAUGAUACUCAACUGUUGUAUGCUCGACUUGUUCCAGAUAUUGCUUCACGAAGAGUUCUUUUGCUUUAUCCUAUUUUGAGUACUGGUUUUACUGUGAUUAAAGCUUUAACAGUUCUUUUAAAAACUGGUGUAGAUGAAGGAAAUACCUUAUUGUUGACAUUAUUUGCUACUCCUUCAAGCAUUAAGCAAAUCAUGGAAAGUUUUCCCAAAAUAACCAUUCUCACUAGCGAUAUUAGCUUUAUCAUUCCGUAUUAUUUCACGACGAAAUAUUUUGGGACUGAUUAA